AUGAGAAACAUCCCUCAACCAGUGCAAGAUUUUAUAGUGGAGGAUGAUGAUGAAGUAGAAACAGAGAGUCCUGCCAGGGAACAAUUCGCAACACCCCUAGAGCAGACGCUACAGGAACGUCUGUCGCCCUUGUCGGCUAUAUUCACGGGAGAACAGUUAAAAGAGUUGUCAACUGUAAUGGCAGCUUUAUCAGAAUUACCACCCGCCCAAAACUCGGGUUCAGUCGGUAGUCUUAAAAAAGCCAGAUCAGCAAAUCCCCACCUGCCCGUCAGAAAUCUCUUAUCCUCCCUCAACCAAGAAAACACAACACAAAAAAGAAAGUGCCCUGACCCUCACGAAAAUGAAGAACCUGAAACAGAACCACAUCCCACCCCAGAGUACGAGCGUAGAGCGCCGGUACAACAGAUUUCCAGAAGGCAAACAAUCCAGCCAAAAGACUUUCCCCUAUGCCGAGAAAUCCUAGAAGAAAGAAUGGAAAAGAUAAAAAUCCCUACUGAAAAAUAUGGUGGAACGACGGAUCCGGAAGAUCAUUGCACCACCUUUGAGCAACACAUGAUGUUAUACACAGAUUCCGACGCCAUGUGGUGCAAGGCGGCAUUUUUGUCGCGCUUUGUGAGCAAACAGAAGAGAAAGAAAUCAUCAGGAGAAUUAAUGUCGUUCGCCCAGAGAGAUAGAGAGUCUUUAAGGGAUUACCUCACUCGUUUCAACAACGAGUCAAUCACCAUCCCCAACCUGCAGCAGAAGAUUGCGGUCCUAGCUUUGAUGAGGGGAAUGCAGGAAUGUGAAUUCAAGAAAUACCUUAGCCGGAAAUCAUACAAAAAUCUGGGUGAAGUUUUACAUAAGGCAAAUGAAUACAUCAGGGGGGACGAAAUGAUGAGAAUCUCCAAUGUCAUCGUGGGAACCGGUGGUAAUGCCGGGUAUAAUCCGAGCUAUAACAAUCAGCAGACGGGAAGAGGAGGAAACAGUUUAAACCAAAGUAAUAAUCAGCAAGGAAGCAGUCAGAAAAAUCAAAACAACAGAAAUGUCAAUCCCCAUAAUCAGAGACCCCGGCAGGAUAGAAGGGAGUCCCGCGGACUCUUCGAUAAUUACACUCCGUUGAACACACCACGGACGACAAUUUACAACAUAAACAACAAGAUGGACGGUUGGAGAAGGCCGCCACCAAUGCAGAGUAGGGAAAGAAAUGUCAAAAAAUUCUGCGACUUCCAUAAUGAACACGGCCACCUCACAGAGGGCUGCAGAGACCUCAAUGACAACAUUGAGGACAUGUAUAGGGCGAGACAAGGAAAUGGUAACUACAACCCGGCCGGAGGAAACACUGCCAAUUCCUACCGGCCACAACAACAGCAAAAUCAGCAACAAUAUCCCGGAAUCGAACAGCCGUAUCAACCGCCCAGAAUAGAGCAAAGACCACCAAAAACCAGUGCUAGAGCAGAACAAAGGGAUAACAGGAAAAAGCCGAAUGUAUUUGUCAUCUCUGGCGGCCCUGUCCAUGGAGGGACGAUAAGCGGCGCCAACAGGAGUUUGGAGGAACACAGGCACAUGGUGAAUUAUCACAGCACUAGGGCUUGGCCAAGCCCACCCAGCAUACCAGUGAUGACCUUCUCGGAAUCGGAUUACAGAGGCAUCAUUUUCCCACAUGAUGACCCAUUAGUUCUGACAAUUGAUAUAGCAAAUGCCGAUGUGAAUCGAGUACUGGUAGACGGAGGUAGCUCAGCAAACAUCAUAUUUUGGGAUGCAUUCAAGAAACUACACAUACGAGAGGAAGAGCUGGCAAGGGUGAACUACCCAGUAAUCGGUUUCUCAGGAUCUACGGUAUACCCAGAGGGUAGCAUCAGACUGCCGGUGAAAAUUGGACCUCAUGGUGGAAUUCUUAAUCAUCAAAGUGCCGGCGGCCUAUAA